AUGCUUCAAAGAUGCUUGCUAUCGACAAGGUGCAGUAGCACAAGACAAUGGAUCCGCCAUAAUUCCUCGUUCCCAGUCAAUCGGUUCGCCGAAUUGGUUCGUCGCCCGGCUUCCCAGCACCAAAUUUACCAAUCACUAUCGACCGAUCCGUACGUCAAUUUAUCGAUUGAACAUUUUUUGCUCGAAAAUGCCCCCGACGACUCGAGUGUCCUUUUCCUAUAUAUCAACAGACCGUGUGUGGUGAUCGGUCGCAACCAAAACCCAUGGCUCGAGACGGGACUACACGCGCUUUACAAUGACCGCCGAGGAAGCUCGCCGGAAAAUGAUGCCGCAGUGUUGGUUCGAAGGCGAUCCGGGGGCGGAGCCGUCUUCCACGAUGAGGGAAAUCUCAACUACAGUGUGAUUUCUCCUCGCACUACAUUUACCCGUAAUAAACAUGCUGAAAUGGUGGUUCGCGCUCUCCAUCGCAUCGGAGCGACCAAUACGAGUGUCAAUGAUCGACACGAUAUUGUGAUGACGCCUACGGAGCCAGUACAAGCUGAUAAAGAAGAGCCUCCGUUUCGAAAGGUAUCAGGAUCUGCCUUUAAGCUGACACGACACCGAGCGCUCCACCAUGGAACCUGCUUGCUGGAUUCACCGAACAUCAAUGAUCUGGGUCGGUUCUUGCGCUCUCCAGCGCGUGGUUAUAUCAAAGCGAAAGGAGUGGACAGUGUUCGGUCACCAGUAGGAAAUGUAUCGAGUGCGCUGGCGGACUCAUUCUUUUCUAUGCAAACGGUGAUAGAUAAUGUGGUUGAGGAGUUCGCAGGAUUGUAUAAUGUGCAUUCCGAUGCUAUUCGUCGGGCACGCCGAGCUCUUGCGGUCGAUCCAGAGGUUUUUGCUGGCGAUAAUUGGGUUUCAGGCACGGUGGGAGAGGUACAAGGCGAUCAGGAGCCCGAUAUUGCGAAAGGCAUUGCGGAGCUGCGAUCCCUUGAAUGGAAAUAUACUCAAACUCCACAGUUUACUUUCUCAAGCUAUUCCCACGAGGAAGAUCCCCGGGAGCGUCCAGCCCUGCCUUCCUCGCUCCCAUCUUCGACUCGCGCAUUCCUCCGCUUAAAGCAUGGAGCAAUUAUUGAAAGCAACAUCUCUCUUUCUUCAGAUACAUGCGUUGCUUCUGACCAGGCCAAACGCGUUCAUGAACUCCUGAAUGGACAGAAGUUGCACGAGUUGUCUGUCGAGCGCUGGACUGGAAUUCUGAGACAGGGCUUCGAUACGACCGAAGCAGAUUACGGCCAUGUUCAAGCUUUGGCUAAUCACUUAGGAGGUUUACUAGGUGGUCAUUAA